AUGGCGACAACCGCUGAUGGAAGGGCCGAUGCGGCCAACUAUUACGACCCGGAAAAGAAUGCUACCGGGGACCACUAUUGCUUCUCUGAAACCACUCCUACCUACAUUAGGCAUGAGUUCGUCAAGAAAGUCUUCGCCAUAGUAACCCUGCAGUUGUGUGCAACCUUUGGUUUUCUAGUUCUAUCGUACAAUGUAACCGCCAUGAACACCUUCUUCCGCCACAAUGCCUUCAUUGGAUUGAUAGCGGUUAUCAUCUUCGCAAUCAUCUCUAUCGUCAUUUCAUGCAAGAGGUCAUUGGCACACAACAAGACAGUGGCAACAUCACUGUUAGGAGUGAUGACAGUCUGUAUGGCAUUGUACGUCACCUGUUUCGCCGUCCACUACGCAGGCUUUGAGAUAUGCGUGGCUGCCGGUAUCACUGCCGGGUUAACAUUCGCCAUCACACUCUUCGCAUUUCAGACCACCUAUGACUUUACUGGUCUCAUUAUGUACGUCUUUUGCAUUACAAUUGCCAUGAUGUUUGCCGGAAUAUUGAUCAUGAUUUUCCCAUCACACACCGCUCGUAUUUUCUACAGCGCCGUAGGAGCUGUUCUCGUAUGCAUCUACCUGGUUAUUGAUAUCCAGCUUGCUGUUGGCGGUAAAAAUUACGAAUGGACCGUCGACGAUUACGUCAUCGCCGCCGUAGCCAUCUACUCCGACAUCAUCAACCUAUUCAUUCACAUCCUCAGGAUCUUAGGAAACGCGAGUGACUGA